UCUUGGAGAUUCUCUCAUUGAUCUUUCCAAACUGUCCAAAUCUUUCUGUAUCUCUUUUAUCAUUAUUCAAAACCCUAAUCAAUAUAUAAACAUAACAUUCAUUUCAUUUCAUUUCAAUUCAAAUCAAUUCCCCCUAUUUCUUUCAAAUAAAUAAAUAAAUAAAUUAAAAGUUGCAUCUUUCUUACCACAUUCUUGAUUCCCUCCAACAAUAACCAAUCAUCUGCAAUUAUCUCAUUGCAAAUUGGCAGUUUUCGAUAGCCAUGGAGACAUCACAGUUUCAUGUUCUUGCCGUCGACGAUAGCCUCAUCGAUCGAAAAUUGAUCGAAAGGCUUCUCAAGACCUCCUCUUAUCAAGUGACUGCAGUAGAAUCUGGUGUGAAAGCUCUUGAAUAUUUAGGGUUACUUGAUGACCAUGAAAAUUCAGACACCAACACAGAUCAUGAAUUGGAAGUAAACCUGAUCAUCACAGAUUAUUGCAUGCCAGGAAUUACCGGAUUCGAUCUUCUCCGAAAAAUCAAGGAGUCGACAUCGUUGAAGGACAUCCCGGUGGUGAUAAUGUCGUCGGAGAACGUUCCGUCGAGAAUAAACAGCUGCUUAGAACAAGGGGCUGAAGAAUUCUUCCUGAAGCCAGUGCAGCAAUCUGAUGUUAAUAAAUUAAGGCCACAUUUGAUGAAGGGAAAAUUAAUUAAAGAAGACGAAGACGAGGUCGAGGUCGAAGUCGAAGAAGAAGAAAAUGAGGCAAAUUGUAAUAAAAGAAAGCCAGAUGAAGAAUGUCUAUCCCCUAGUAGAUUAAGGACAAAAUUUCAAUAGUAAUCAUAAGAAUAAUUAUUAUUAUUAAUUUAUUGACAAAAGACUUGUAGUUAGCCCUUAAUAAUUAUAAUAUAUAUAUAUAUAUGAAAUAUUGAGAAAAGUAAUGUUACAUUUUGUAAAUUUUGAUAUCUUGUUGGGAAUUUUUUUUAAAGUGCUA